AAUCUAUACGAAGGUUAAACAAAUGAAAAUGUAUGCAAUUUUCGGCGAUAGCUACAUAUCAAGGCUGAAUAAAUUUAAUCACGGUGUACUUUACGACUUUAAUAAGAAGUGUAAAUUUUAUGGAGUACCGGGCAUGUCUACGCAGAGAAAGUUCGAACCAGAGUUCCAAAAAAUGAUGAUGGAUAAGCCGAAGUACGUAUUUUUGUUAUUAGGAGGAAAUGACAUCAACAGAGAAUGUGAAGUUAUAGAAAUAGUAAAUAACAUUGAACAUAUUGUGAAAAGACUGAAAAAUAAUGGCGUAGAAAGAGUAUUUGUUUCCAGUAUUGCUGCACGUGGUGCAUUUCCGGCUUGGACUAGACUUGAAAAAACGAGGUUCGACAAGGUGCGCAGGGCCAUUAACGGAAAACUGUUUAUGGUGUACAAGGGAGACUUUGUAAAUUUAGAAAAGAAACUUAAAUUUCCGAAACACUAUGACAAAGAUUUAGUGCAUCCGGGUUACAGUGAAGGUGGCAUGAAAGUGUUGGGAUAUAUUAUAAAGACGUGCUUUUCAAAGUGCACUUGAAGUAUUCAUUUGAAAUAUACGUGCAAUAAAUCAGUUGUUACAUACUUGGUCUUGUACAUGUUAUUUCAAUUGCGAAAUCUUUCUGAUAAACAUUAUCGUUCAUUGUCCAAUUUAUGAUAUCAGUAUUGUCUUCAAUAAAUAUGACAGAUAAGACUUUAAACUAGAUAUUUCUUACUUUUUAUAAUUUUGUUCGAUUUUAACAUUUAUGAAGACGAAAUGAACCUUUUCAUGCAAAAUAAAAAAAAAAAUUAAACAAGCUUGUACAAAAAAGAAAUUUUACUUUUUUAAAUUUACUAUCUGAGCCGCGCGAUGAGGAAACCAUCAAAGUGGCUUUGCGACCGGCAUGGAUCCAGACCAGCCUGCGCGGAGUCAGGAUUCAUUCUGCUGGCUAACAGCUUCUAAAAUUACAAUAGACUGUGAGAGAGAACAGCAUACGCAGGCUGGUCUUGAGCCAUGCUGGUCGCAAAGCUACUAUGUUGGUUUAUCUCAUGGCGCGGCUCAGUUAUAACUUAUAAGAGUAGACAACAGUUCAUGUUGUAGAAAAUUGACCCGAAUGAAAUACAGAUAAAAUUGUUACUAAAGUCACUAUCAAAAAAGGUAAGACCAUUUCUUUGCCACGAAAAUGUUAUACAUAGGAAAAAAUAUUGAAAGUGACCAGCAAAUGUUAAAAGUGACCAGCAUUAAGUAUGACUUCCAGACUUUUCAUCCCAAGACUUUUCUUCCAAAUACAUUUUAACUCCGAAUUAACAAACCCAGUUUGUUCUGUGACUUUUUUCUAAAUUUGAAUUUUGUUUAUUAUAUUACUAUCUGAAAAAAUGUCAUAAUUUUGUUGUUUUAUUUUAAACUAUUCACAGGUGUUUUGAUUUAAUCAACACCUUUUGAUUGACAAAUAGACUUAACAUGUAUUAAAAUAUGGAUUAAUUUGCCAACCAAUUAUACAUUAUAAUAAUGCUUAUUAGUUUAAUUAAACAAGGUCACGUGUGUAUGACCAGAAUCCACCUACAAACCGAACU